GUCAGUCCCGUCAGAUGUCGCUAGUGUUGCUCCCUAAAGUCAUGGCGGAUCUUCCUCAUUAGAUUUUACAGAUUUGCCAUAAUUCGUGGGUAGAUUUAUUAUUACCGGCGUCGAAAUAAUUAUAGCUAGUUUUGUUCACACAACGGAAAGCGAGCGACACGUUACUAUCGACACAAUUGAAGGCCGAAAGCUAAAGAAUUGGAAAGAACGUCCCACUUGACGAUCGUCUCGAAUUUCGGCAUACUCAAGAUAAAUAGAAUCACUCGAUUUCGACGUCGCACCAUACUCUAAUUAAUUUACUACGCCUACUAUGACGCAAUAGUCGCCCGCCACACCGGACGCCAUCGGAUUAAACGCUCGAAAUACAGGGUAAAGAGGCGGGCAUGAACGAGGGCGCGCCAAUGAUGUAUCAUGGGAGCGGAGCCUUCGGAGGGCCAGGGCAGAUAUUCAUGAUGGGUGGACAGGAGCGUUCGGCUCGCCACUAUCCGCUGGACGCUCUGCAGAGCUUGGGCGGGGGCUCGCCAGCCGGACACGCCACUCCGCGCCGCUGGCAGCCCCGCCGCGACCGCCACCCUAGCGCUAAGGGUGCAGGAGACAACACAGCCUUUGGUUAUGACUCAGAUGACUCCAGCCUCUCAAGUAAUGCCUCUGGCUCCAACAAAUCUGGAGAAAAAGGCGAGGAGUCAUCCCGCAACACGGAGCGCACGUCGAGCGGGCACUACACGGGCGGCUACGGCCAGGGGCGGGAGUGGCGCGGCCGCCGCGGCCGCGAUGUUCGCCCGCAGCGACGCAUCGCGCCCGAGAGGUACCUCAAUGGCUCCUACCCGUUCCAGGUCAAGUUUACGCCCGACGACUUGCUAAAUGGUUCAAAAUGGGACACAUUGUCUCAAGAAAUCUGGGAUAAGUUCAUUAAAUCACAACAAACAGAGGAGACAUUCAGGAAGAAAAUGAACCUUUGGAGAUAUCUUUUCAUCACAAUAAAGACAAUAUUCCCGCGCUAUGGUCUGUACGUGGUGGGCUCUACGAUGUCUGGGUUCGGGCUGGACUCGUCCGACAUGGACCUGUGCCUGUACGUGCGCCCCGUGGACGACCUCGACCCUCGCGCGCACGCACUGCUACACCUCAACUAUAUACUCAGCUACAUACGGAGCUUUGAUCCUAAUGCGGAACUGAUCCAGGCGAAGGUGCCGAUACUGAAGUUCCGGGACUCACGCAACGGCCUGCAGGUAGACCUCAACUGCAACAACGUCGUCGGCAUUAGAAAUACCAAUCUACUGCACUGCUUCUCCAGAUUGGACUGGCGCGUCCGUCCGCUGGUGGCGCUGACCAAGCUGUGGGCCCAGGCACACGACAUCAACGACGCGCGACACCGCACGCUGUCCUCCUACUCACUCACGCUCAUGGUCAUACACUUUCUGCAGUGCGGCACGGUGCCGGGCAUACUGCCGCGCGCGUGCGAGGCGGGGGGCGCGGGCGGGGGCGCGGCGGGCGGCGGCGGGGGCGCGGGGGCGCGGCGGGCGCAGAACCGCAGCUCGCUGGCCGAGCUGUUCCUGCAGCUGCUGCAGUACUACGCGGAGUUCCCGUACGAGCGCAUGGCCGUGUCGGUCCGCGCGGGGGCGCGCCUGCCCGUGGCGGCGUGCCGCGCGGCGCGGGCGCACAAGAACGACCCGCACCAGUGGAAGCUGGUCUGCGUGGAGGAGCCCUUCGACCUCACCAACACGGCGCGCUCGGUCUACGACCGCGACUCCUUCGACAAGAUCGUGUCGGCCUUCCGGUCGUCGGCGGCGCGCCUGGCGGCCGGCCUGCGCCUGGCCGACGCCUGGCCGCAGCGAUGAUGCCGGCCCGGGCCCGCCCGACCGCACUCCGCUAUAUGUAUGCUACUACAGACUAUCGAUGUGCCACUAUGAAAAUUAUAUGUUUACAUUCCAUAGUGCCAUGUAUUUAUUAGUUAGUUUUGCUUCGUUUUGAGGUGCCAUUUUUAUUGGAGCGACCGUCCUAUUGCUUCCCUCCGGAGUCGCCGGCCCGGCCGACCCUGGCGGCGGACUAGUACCGGCGACGCGCAUGCACUACUUGCACUACUCAACCAAAGUAAGAAAAUGUACAAAGGCCAGCAUGCAGCUUUUGUCGUUUUCAUUUGCCUAUCUAUAGAUCUCAAUUACUUGAAUGUUCCAUUUUAUUGUUAUGGUGUAUACCAGUAGUUUGUAAUAAUAAUCGUAGUGUUAUUAUUUAUUUAGACUUUAUGUAAUAGAACACAAAGUAAACUCAGUGCUCAAUUCGGACCAAAGUUAAGUGAAAAUAUGAUUAUUAUUAUUACUUCACGCUUCAUUAAUGAUUAAGUUGUUACAAUAAAAAUUAUACCUCAAAACUUAUGUUUGGAUAAACGACAUGCAACCGACACACUCAUACACUCCACCCGCGGGUCAUUGUAUCGGACAAACAUCAGCCUCCGUGGUUGUAUGGGCGGAGUGUAUGUGUGUAUGUAUGUAUGUAAGAAAUCGUCAGUUCGCGCCGCCCGGCCGGGGCGCGGCCAGAAGACUGAGACAAGGCUCGCGGUCGCAGCAGAGUCGAGUUGGUUCACUAGUCGAAGUAGUCAGUUUGUGUGACCCGUGACCGUCGCAAUACAAAUAGUCACGCGGCCUCCACGAGGCGUCCUAUUCGUUUUUAAAAUGUUUAUUAUUGUUUAUUUGUAAGUUAUUUAAUACGUGUAAAUAGUAAGAAAUAAAAAAAUACAUAAAUAUUCAUUUUAGGGUCGUGUAUGGUUUUUAUGUAAAUAGUAUUUUUGUGAUGAGGAAAGGGUAAAUGACAAAAAAAUAUAUUAUAUAGAAUCAUAUAUUAUAUGAUGCAUGCUUUGCGUGGAGGGAGCCAGGACCCGCUCACGACAAGUCAUAUAUGUGGGAGAGCGUACGAUGGGACACGAGAAAUUCCCUGUGAUACUAUGUGAAAGAAAUUAUAUUGUGUACGUGUACAGUGUUUGAUAUUGAAGUAAUCGUUCAAAGGUGCUACAAUUAGAUAUACGCUCCGAACGCAAUGGUUGCUUGAGACGCGACCCCGCGCGUAGGUUACAGGUGAAUGCGUAAAACUUAAAUAAUGGUGCUAAAUGAUUGUGUUGCCUUAUAUUUGGCGCUGAGCUACGCUUAAUAUACAUUGUAACGUUACAGAUGCUAGAGUAGUAUAAGAUUAUUGAAGGCUUCCGUACAACGACAUGUACAAGUUUUGUAAAAUGUAUUUACACGUUUCUUGUAAUAUCAAUCUGCAACAUCUUCCGACUGGAACUGAUCGAACUAACGUCCUACGAAUAUACAGUCUCGUAAAAUUCAUACACGCCUUCUAUAAUCUUUCCUCGCUAGAUAUUACUAUCAAAUAAUUUACUUGUUAACGGCAUAUUAAUUUAUCAGUUUUCUCAAAUUGAGAAAAAACAUAAAUUAAUAUGUUUGCUAUAAAUGUAUUUAAAACUAUCGAGCAUUUGUAUGACGACAAGAGCGCGUCAAAAUUGAGUUUACUAUUACUAUUGCCAUUUUUCGCGAGUGAAAUGAGUAUACAUGAGUAAAAUAAUAUUUUGAUGCGUUCUUGUAGCACUAUGCCCUGUGUGAUUCGCAGAAUUCCUAUAAUUAUAUGUGAGGAUACUAACGAUGCAUAUCUUUAAAGUAAUACAAAGAGUGUAUAAAAUAUUACUUACUCAGAUUAGGAAUUCUGUACCUUAUGAACUACUACGUCGUAUCUGCAUUCAUCAUCAUGAAAUGACAAUAUGAACUGUCAACUUUAUAAAGGGCCACAAUUUUAUAGCUUUUUACGCAUGAACUCGAAUCAAAAUUCUGAUGUUUAUUUAAUAUUCAUAGUUUUCUAAAUUUGAAUAAUAAUUAAGUGUUUAUUAUUAUUUAAUUCAUGUUAGGUCGGCAUCUACCGAUAUGUUUGCAUCGAUGCCUCGCAAUUGUUAAGUUUACAAUAACUAGCCACUAGCGGUAUAUGUAGACUAGAAAUUGUUAAGUUUUGUUUUGUAAUGUUAGUUAUGAAGUUCACCAUCUGAACGUUGUCCCUCAUAGCCCGAAAGCACUGACACUACUUGAUGUAAUACGCCUGGCAUUUUAUAUCGCGUUAUGUAUAAGUUUUUUAAAGAUUUUACAUAAGAGGCACUUGGCCGCGCUGAAUAAUUAAAGUACAAUAAAUAAUUUUUAAAAACAAGUUAUGUGUAAGAAAACUGAUUUAGAGUUAUAAAGAAAAGUGUCUCUCAAAACUGUUAAUUUUUUGAAAAGAUAUAAAAAUUCGACACUCGAUUGAAAGAACAAAAAAAACUAUAAAAUGAAACCUCCAAAAAAAUUAAACUACAAAAAUAACAAAAAAAUAUAAAAAAACUAAAAAAAAAACUAAAAAAAAAAAAUAUAAAAAAGUGUAAAAUUCUGAGAAAAAUUAUUUUGACAAUCCAAAUUUUUAUCGCAUGUUUUGUUGGCUUACCACCUGCCUUCUUAUGAACUGUUGUUUAAACAGGUUGUGUAAAUCAAUGUUUAUGUAUAAUAAUUGUGUUUUAUUCAAAUAUAAAAAAAUACAAAAAAAAUCAUGUCUGGGUUCGGUUUGCAAGGCUAACUGAAAGCAAUAUUUUAUUCAUCGUUAAUAUGGACAUUGGGCGAGAUCACAAAACUGCGUUGCGUCGACAACGCAAAAAUCUAGGAAGACGUGUACUUGUUUGUAUUGCGGUGCAUCGUAGAUUUUAGCGUCGCGUUGACACUACGAUGUGUUGUGGCCUCACCUAUGAAUGUAAUAUAAAAUAUUUGUAUAUCUGUACACCAACAGGAGCUCACGUCUUUACGCCAAGUUUCCUUUAAAAGCCAGACUUCUCUUGUGGUGUGUAUGUAAAGAAAUGGAAGAAGAAUAAAUUUUCUACCUUUUAACUUCGAUCUUAGGACCGAAGUUGUUAUAUGAAGAACUCAAGACAAGUGACAUCGAACUGGCUCAAUAAAACUAGCUCCUAAAUAACACUGCAACCAUUAUAUUUAUAACGCACACACAAUAACAAAGGUUGCAUUGCAGUAACAGAUAUAAAAACAAAGGAGCUUACUUGUUUACGUAACAUAAUUAUGGUGCGUUGUAAUAAAAGAUUCCACUUUGUAAAUGAAAUAAUUGUGCCGGCGUGGACACUAUCUGGUCCAGCCAUGCCAUUAGGCAAUGUUAUACUUACGGGCUAUAUCUGGACUUUAGUAACCAUCACUGCCAAUGUUGACGUCCUAAUUUCUAAUAGCUAGUCUCAAUGUCGUAUCUGUUGAUAUUUCCGACUAUCAGGAAUACAAUUUUGACACAUUUUGUUAAGAACGUAAUAUCCUUAUAGAAUGCGUUUAAAGAUCAAAAUGAUAUAUAUAUAAAUUCACACAAUCUUCUCACGGAUAGGUUAUUGAGGCUGGCCGUAAGAUUAUAAGUUUCGUGUACGUACAAAUAAAUCGUUCAGAUAUACCUACCUAAUAUAUUUUGAUCUCUCCUUGGCAGUAUUUUAUAAGACCACAUUUUUUGCUUUGCCUAUCAAUAUAAAAUCUGUUACCUAUUUAGUUGCGUACUUAAUUUUUUCAUAUGGUUAUUAAUAAUUGUGGUUCAAAUGAAUAAAAUGCAAAUUGUUCGUCCUGAAUAAACAAUAACUUUUUUAUAUGAGCCUAACUUAAUUGUUGGUAUAAUUAUAAAGAAAUAAAUAUGUAUCGACAUCAUAAUGUAUUGUAUACUAUUGUAAUUAUCUGUAUAGUGUGACCAUGUACCUAAUAUAUUUUUGCCUCUUUUUUUGUAAAGAUAUAUAUAUAUUUUGUCACGUUUUUGACAAGUUUAAUCUUGUGUUGCAUUUUAUUUUAUUGAACACAAGCAGAUUUUUAUCUCCAUAUUGUACAAAGAAAUUAUUGUAAAGAAAUAUUCUGUAAUAGUUAAAUAUAUACAACUGCCAA